AUGCAGAUGUUAACAAAGUUCGAGUCGAAAAGCAACCGGGUGAAGGGAAUAGCGUUCCAUCCAAAAAGACCAUGGAUAUUAGCGUCACUACACAAUGGGUGCAUACAGUUAUGGGAUUAUCGUAUGGGAACUGUACUGGAACGUUUUGAUGAACAUGAUGGCCCCGUACGUGGCAUUGCCUUUCAUCCUACUCAACCGUUGUUUGUUUCCGGCGGUGAUGAUUACAAGAUAAAGGUGUGGAAUUAUAAGACACGGAAGUGUUUAUUUACCUUGAAUGGACAUCUUGACUACGUGAGAACGGUGUUUUUCCAUCACGAAUAUCCAUGGAUUUUGAGCGCUUCGGAUGAUCAAACGAUUAGAAUAUGGAAUUGGCAGUCGAGGAAUUGUAUAGCCAUAUUGACUGGACAUAAUCAUUACGUCAUGUGUGCUCAAUUUCAUCCGAAAGAAGAUUUGGUUGUUUCAGCUUCCUUAGAUCAGACUGUGCGAGUAUGGGACAUUUCAGGCCUACGGAAAAAAAAUGCAGCCCCCAGCUCAAUCACGUUCGAAGAUAGCCUCCACCGUUCUGCUGCUGCUCAAGCAGAUAUCUUUGGCAGUACAGAUGCAAUAGUGAAAUACGUACUUGAAGGUCACGAGAGAGGAGUGAAUUGGGCAAUAUUCCAUCCUACUUUGCCUCUUAUUGUAUCUGCUGGUGAUGAUCGGCAAAUCAAACUGUGGAGAAUGAAUGAUACAAAGGCUUGGGAAGUUGAUACGUGUCGGGGACACUUUAAUAAUGUAUCGGCAGCAUUGUUUCAUCCCAGACAAGAAUUAAUUAUUUCAGAUGGUGAAGAUAAGACCAUUCGUGUGUGGGACAUGUCAAAGAGAACGUUGGUACAGACAUUCAGGCGUGAACAUGAUAGGUUCUGGGUUUUGACAGCUCAUCCUGAAGUAAAUUUAUUUGCAGCUGGUCAUGAUAAUGGAUUAAUCGUAUUUAAACUGGAGCGAGAGCGUCCCGCAUCGGCUGUGUAUCAGAAUAGUUUGUUCUAUAUUCGAGAUAAAGUUCUACGGGUUUAUGAUUUUAAUUCCGAUUCAGACACGGCAGUAUUAUCUCUUCGUAAGAUUGGUGGUCCAUAUAUUCAACCGCGUUCCUUGUCUUACAACCCUGCUGAAAAAGCUGUCAUUGUUACCAGCCCAACAGAAGGUGGAGGCUACGAUUUAUUACAUCUUCCCAAAGACUUUAGCGGUGAGCCACGAGAAGCUUUAAGUGACAGCAAGCGUGGUUCUGGUGCAUCCGCUAUAUUCAUUGCACGCAAUCGAUUCGCUGUACUUGACAAAACACGCCAACAAAUUGAAAUACGUGAUUUAUCUAACCAAACUACAAAGACAAUUAAACCUCCUGCGACAGUAAAUGAAAUUUUUAGUGCAGGCAGCGGGAACCUUUUAUUGCUCAGCACCCCGCAAUCGGUAAUACUAUAUGACAUUCAACAAAGACAGACACUCAAUGAAAUUACAAUGCCAUUUGCAAAAUAUGUCUUCUGGUCUUCCGAUCACAGUCAAGUUGCGCUUUUGAGCAAACACACCAUUACUAUUGCAAAUAAGAAUUUAGAACAGAGUUGCAUGUUACACGAGACAAUAAGAAUUAAAAGUGGUGCUUGGGAUGACAUGGGCAUUUUUAUCUAUUCUACACUUAAUCAUAUUAAAUAUGCUCUUCCUCAGGGUGACAGCGGCAUAAUCCGUACGUUAGAUCAACCAGUUUAUCUCACCAAAGUCAAAGGGAAAAGUGUAUAUUGCCUUGAUAGAGAUGGGAAGACACGUGUCAUUAGCAUUGAUCCAACAGAAUAUCGCUUCAAAGUUGCACUUAUCAAACGUAAUUAUGAUGAGGUGUUGCAAAUAAUAAGGAACAGCAAUCUAGUCGGGCAAGCUAUCAUCGCAUAUUUACAAAAGAAGGGAUAUCCUGAGAUUGCAUUACACUUUGUAAGAGAUGACAAAACUCGCUUCGAUCUUGCUCUUGAGUGUGGAAACCUAGAAGUGGCAUUAGAAACUGCAAAAUCCAUGGAUAGAGAAGACUGUUGGAAUAAACUUAGUGCUGAGGCGCUUCGUCAGGGCAACUAUCAGAUAGUCGAAAUGGCUUAUCAAAGAGUGAAAAACUUUGAUCGAUUGUCUUUCUUGUAUUUGGCCACUGGAAAUAUGGAUAAACUGCGAAAGAUGAUGAAAAUUGCAGAGCUGCGUAAUGACAACAUGUCAAGAUUUCAUAACUCUUUAUUCCUGGGUGAUGUUGAGGAGCGAAUACGACUGUUGAAAGAAUUUGGACAAUAUCCCUUAGCUUACUUAACUGCUCAAUCACACGGUCUAACCGAAGACGCCGAAGCAAUACUGGCUGCUGCAGGCCUCACUUCCGAAGACAUAACCGACCUUCCACCAGCGGGUCAACUACUCAAACCAUCGAUCCCUAUUAUUCGUCAUAAUGACGUUAACUGGCCAUUGCUUACCGUCUCUCGAUCCUUCUUCGACUCAGCUUUCACUGCAUCCGAUCCUAACCCCUUAAUUGCUCCCAUAAAUUUCGCCGAUGGUGUAGAGGUUGGUGAAAUCAGUGGUGAUUGGGGUGAAGAAGAUCUCGGAUUUGGAGUCGAUCCAUAUAAGAUUGCUGCAGAGGCAAGAACCGAAGGGGAGGACGUUGAAGAGGGGUCAGGAUGGGAGAUCGAUACCGAUCUGACUACUCAAUUAGAUACAGCGCUGACACAAGAGAAUAGUAACGGUGCUCAGGGUGAGUUUGUUCCACCGACAGCAGGAACUGCCGAAAGUGAGUUGUGGAUGCAUAAUUCGCCUUUAGCGGCAGAUCAUGUUGCUGCGGGGUCUUUUGAAACUGCUAUGCAGAUGCUAAAUCGACAAGUAGGAGCGGUGAACUUUGCUCCAUUGAAGCAACAUUUUUUGCGAACAUUCCAGUCUACAAAAACCUACCUUCAAGUCAAUGUGGCACUUCCGUCUCUUGCAUUUAAUGUCCGUCGUAACCCAGAGGAGACAGAAAAGAGUCGCUUGUUACCAGCUUUGGCAUACAAUUUCCAAAAUAUCGUUUCCACCCAGUUGCAAGACGCAUAUAAGACCACGACAGCAGGCAAGUUCCAGGAUGCCACAAUACAGUUUAGAUCUAUUCUUCAUUCCAUUCUGUUAGUUGCCGUCACGAAAAGGUCCGAGAUUGAUGAGGUUAAUCAAUUGAUUGAUGUAUGUCGCGAGUAUAUCGUUGGAUUGUCCAUGGAACAAACGCGUAAGAAGUUUCCUGCAGAUGAUCCGGAUAGUACAAAGCGUGCACUUGAACUAGCUGCCUACUUUACACACAGUCGAUUGCAGCCUGCUCAUUUGCAAUUAAGUUUGCGAUCCGCAAUGACUCUAAACUAUAAAGCAAAGAAUUGCUUAACUGCCCCGAUGUUUGCUAGACGAUUAUUAGAGUUAGCACCGCCAGCGCAAGUAGCAACUCAGGCACGUCAAAUCCAAUCUCUCUGCGAUAAAAAUCCGCGUGAUGAGAUUGCACUUGAUUACGACCAGUAUAAUCCGUUUGUUGUGUGUGCCAUUUCUUAUACACCAAUCUACAAAGGCAGCCCAUCAGUACAAUGCCCAUAUUGUCGUGCAUCAUAUUUGCCUCAGCAUCAAGGCAGUCUCUGUGUUGUCUGCAAUGUGUCGCAGAUUGGGGCUAAUGGCACUGGAUUAAAAGUUUUCGUUUGA